AUGGUUCUUAACAGCAACAAUCUUAACCAGGGUCAGAUAACUCAGUUUUUGAAGUUAUCAUGGGUGAAGUCACAAGCACAGAAAGCACUGGCAUAUACAUCUGCUCAACAAAUGUUCACUUUCAUGGAUGCCCUGCCAAAGGGACCAAAGUGGCGCUGUACAACUAUUCAUACUGAAGGUUACAUUACCGCUCAUCCUGUACACUUGAUCUGGCAUGACACUUUGGAGGUUAUGCACCACAUUUUCAGUAACCCAGGAUUCACCAAUGACAUGGAGUUUGAUCCAUAUGAGAUCAAGGUCAACAGAGAAUGA